AUGAAGACUCGAAGCACGCGCUCGAGUAUCUCGAGACGUGUGAACCAAGAAAAGCCAAGGCUUUACCAGGCCGAAACGCUAAAUAAGGCUGAUGAAGAGAUGAAUGAGCUGAUGAUAAUUACGGUCUCCAGGCGAAUAGAAAAACAUUGUAAUUCAUCUGUCGAUACAUCCAAGCGAGGACGGGACGCGCACAGAUGA